AUAGUUAUUUCCAGCAUGCCCUGCAUUCCGUGCAGGACAGGGUGUACUUUCAUUUGUUCAUUGUUUGCAUUGCUGUUGCCUGUGCACAGGAGCGAGCUGGAACAGCUGGCUCUGGAGAAGCAGCACUCGGAGGAGACGGUGAGGAGUCUGAGAGCGCGCUGCUUGGAGAUGGAGGAGCAGUGUGUCCAGCAUGGACGCAUGCACCAGCGCAUGAAGGACAGGUUGCAGCAGUUGGACCGACACUGUCAGAGCAGCGCCCAGCAGGUGUGUGAGCUUCUGGCCAAACAGAGCCAGCUGAUGCAGGAAAGAAACGCGCUUAGUGAGGAGAUGCAGAACCUACGCAUCGAGUUACCCAAUCUGAGACGAAAUGAACCAGUGAGCACAUGAGCACAUCGGUUCUGGCUCCUCCUCUUCAGUCUUUCGGAAAGGACAGUUUUUCUACUCUAAUCCCCAUCAGGAUGACUUUUAUGUAACUUUCACUGUGAAUGAUGUGUUUAAGUUGUGAGGUAUCAAGGACUGCGGUGCUCAACAUUAAUAAAACCCAAAGCAAUACUUUUAAAAUGACUUGAUUUGCUUUUCUUCUCA